AUGGAACCCCAGAAGCAAUGGUGCGUGGCGGACGAGCAGACGGCGGACGAGGUCCUGCAAGCGGCGCUCGACUGGGCCUGCGGGAAGGGCGGCGCCAACUGCACCAUGAUACAGAACAGGCGGCCGUGCUUCCUCCCCAAUACGGUGAGAGACCACGCCUCCUACGCCUUCAACAGCUACUGGCAGAAUUUCAAAAACAAGGGGGGCUCCUGCUACUUCAACGCCGCCGCCAUGGUCACCGAGUCCGACCCAAGUAAGGAACUUUAGCUCAACAGCUUGUCCAUGGGGCCUCCUGCUCAUGGUCUCCUCCACCGUGUCCGCAGGCCAUGGCUCGUGCCGGUUCGAGUUCCUUCCCUGA